CAUGCAUCGGCUAAACACUACUCGUCAGCUGCGCGCUCCAUAUGCUUGUCAAAGCAGCAUAGCAAUGGGAAGUUCACUAACAGGGCUGUCAAGUAUUUAAACCUACUGAUAACCAGCCGCCUUUUUAGCAGAACGACAAACACCUACCAGCUCUACCGGCACAGGAUAGCUUAUCGACUCUGGUAAACGGAGCAAUGGACCCGAGAGACACGGCUCCGGAUUCGUGGGAGCUGGAGGAAGACGCCGAGGCCCCGGCCACCUCGGCGGCUCUCCCGAACGCCUUCGCCGCACUCAACGUCAACGCCAAGCCGUUUGUCCCCAACCUCAACGCCCCAGUGUUCGUGCCGACCUUCCUUCAAACCAGCGCCGCGGAAAUUCCUCCUUCCGACGCUCCGGUGGAGAACGGCAGUUCGGAGGCAGAUAUGGCCGCCGACGAAGACACGUGGGAGCAGAACGAUGAGCCGGGCGGAGGCGGCGGACAAGAGGACCCGGUGGCGGCAGGGGAUUGUCAGCCGUAUGCUGAGACCAAGGAGGAUGAGGAGAUGAUCAUGGAGGAGGAAGAGGAGGAGAUGCCUGCACCUAAAGUGGCGCCUUCAACACCAGAUGCCCCCAAGAAAGAGCACGUGAAUGUUGUCUUCAUCGGUCAUGUGGAUGCUGGAAAAUCAACUAUUGGUGGACAGAUCAUGUAUUUAACUGGAAUGGUGGAAAAGCGAACUUUGGAAAAAUAUGAAAGAGAAGCGAAAGAAAAAAACAGAGAGACAUGGUACCUAUCGUGGGCACUGGACACGAACCAGGAGGAGCGAGACAAAGGGAAAACGGUGGAGGUAGGCAGGGCUUACUUUGAGACUGAGAAAAAACACUUCACCAUCCUCGACGCACCUGGACACAAGAGCUUUGUCCCUAACAUGAUCGGAGGAGCGUCACAAGCCGAUCUGGCUGUCCUGGUGAUCUCGGCGAGAAAGGGAGAGUUUGAGACCGGCUUUGAAAAGGGUGGACAGACUCGGGAACACGCUAUGCUGGCUAAAACGGCAGGUGUCAAGCAUCUCAUUGUCCUGGUCAACAAGAUGGACGACCCCACUGUCAACUGGAGCCUAGACAGGUAUGAAGAGUGUAAGGAGAAGCUAGUGCCAUUUCUAAAGAAGGUUGGCUUCAACCCCAAGAAGGACAUCUACUUUAUGCCUUGCUCCGGACUCACAGGUGCCAACCUCAAGGAACCCGUACCUGAAUGUCCUUGGUACACGGGUUUGCCAUUUAUUCCCCACUUGGAUAGUCUGCCAAACUUCACCAGAUCCAUCCAUGGCCCAGUCAGACUACCCAUCGUUGAUAAGUACAAGGACAUGGGUACAGUCAUCCUUGGGAAGCUGGAGUCCGGAUCCAUCAGCAAAGCCCAGCAGUUGGUCAUGAUGCCAAACAGGCACAUAGUGGAAGUACUGAGCCUCCUAAGCGAUGAGGUGGAGACGGAUGACGCAGGUCCUGGGGAGAACCUGAAGAUGAGGCUUAAGGGCAUUGAGGAAGAAGAGAUUCUGCCUGGUUUCAUCUUGUGCAGCCCUGACAACCUUUGCCACACUGGCCGCACCUUUGACGCUCAGAUCGUCAUCAUUGAGCACAAAUCAAUCAUUUGUCCUGGUUACAAUGCAGUUCUUCACCUCCAUAACUGUAUUGAAGAAGUGCAAAUCUCAGCCUUAAUUUGUAUGGUGGAUAAGAAGACGGGAGAGAAAAGUAAAACACGGCCACGCUUUGUUAAGCAGGACCAGGUUUGUAUCGCCAGGUUCCGAGCAGCGGGAGUCAUCUGCAUGGAGACUUUCAAGGACUUUCCUCAAAUGGGGCGAUUCACGCUACGAGAUGAAGGCAAAACCAUUGCCAUCGGAAAAGUGCUGAAGCUGGUGCCGGAAAAGGACUAAAUGCAACAGUGGCCCAAGUUGUGUAAUUGUUCUGCUUGCCACCAGGGGAAAAAUGCUGCUGGGCCCAACCACAACAGCUACUCUUCUCUUUACACUCAACUAUGCUAAAGAGAAGAACAUCCAACAAAGGAGCGUAGAGAGGAAUUAAUUGUCAAAUGAAAAUAACAAGACUGGAUCAGUUUUUAUGAUGAACAAUCUAAAGUGAGAGACAGCGUCCAGGGUUCUCAUAUUGAGAGCUCUGCUAUGCCAUUAAUGUAGCGACAGUACACGGCUGACUACACAGGCCACGCCAUUUGUUUUUACUAUGGAGAUAGAUGCAGUGUUACUGAGUCUGGAGAGAACAAAAAUACUAACUACAGAUUGAUUUUGUCUCCUGUAAAAAACAAAACAAAACAAAAACAUGAUGCAAUUCUAAUUUGAUGAGUGCAUUUCCAAUUGUAAUGAUUAGAGUCUAAAUCCAGCGGACAUUUUAUUUGCUAGGUGUUGCUGUGCCAACAGUUUUCGUUUGGUCUCUCUCACACUUCUACGAUGAACCAAGGACGAACAAACACUCACACAAACAAUGCAACUGUUGCAUAACGAGGCCACACGAAAAAAUAAAUCAUGACGCUUGAUUAAAAA